UCCAACAAUCGAUAAUAUAAGGUCCGUCGACCGUCGUGGAUCGUCACUAUGGAAUUAUUUGGGUAACUAGCCAAGGUUUUAAGGGACAAAGGUACCAUCUCAUUUUCCGCAAAUAUUUGGGGAAGUUUCCUUUUCUGAUUCUUUUAUUUUAAAUUUCCUUUCCUGAUUUAUUCUUCACAAUGACUUUCCGUUCUUCCUUCUGUCAACAACCAAAUCAACUGCUGUUUCUCCUUGACCCAAAAGCUACGGUUUCUAUUUUUGUUUCUUUGCUAAACUAGGGUUUCUCUCCCUAUCCCUCUCCAAGAUUGAUCUCUUCCAGUUUCUUCACAUUUUGCCCUCACAUUUAUAGGGCAUUCUGCACCUUUGGCUUUGUGAACAUAAUUGUUGGGCCUACUUUUUCCAAAAUUGCCCUGGAUAUGGUGUAAUGCUGGGUAAUUGAGGUCAAAUAACGUGUUUUAUUCUGUAUUGCUGUAGUGAAUUAUUUGCAGAUUGCGGCUCAGUAUCGCAUUUAUGAUUUGUUGCGUUUACCAAUUGAGAGCUUGGUGUUUCUGACAGAUUUUUAAUAAUGAAGUGGUGGAGUUUUUAGGGGAUGUUGUGUGUGCUUAUUAGGUUUAUAAUUAGAAUGAUGAAGAGGUUGAAAAAUGAGGCUUCUAGUGUGAGGAGGUUCAAAUUGUCAUAUAUUUUGCUAGGUUUAGCUGCGUUUUACUUGAUCCUCAUCUGCGUGAAGUUCCCAGAGUUUCUCGAGAGCGCUACAGCUUUGAGUGGUGAUGCUGCUGCUGCGGAUGUGGCUCUAGAUGUCGAGGAUGAUGGUGGAGAAUCAUCGACUUCUGGAUUUCAUAAUAAUUUAAGCCAAUAUGCACUAGUGACACCGCGAGAAGAGGAAAAUGAAAAUGGAGCGUUGCCCCAUAAAAAGCCUCGUAAGCUUCACUAUGGUCGAAUUACUGCAGCUAUUAUGAAACGAAAUAAUAUGGAGCGAAAUCUUUCUGUUUUGGAUAGAAUGGCUGAUGAAGCUUGGACUUUAGGCUCGAAAGCCUGGGAAGAAUUAGAUAAAUAUGAGGAGAAGGGGAUUGAGAUGAAUUCAAUACUCGAGGGGAAGCCCGAGUCAUGUCCUUCAUGGGUUUCUACUAGUGGAGCACAACUUGCUAAAACAGAUCAACUUAUGUUCCUACCUUGUGGGCUUGCAGCAGGUUCUUCUAUAACACUUAUUGGUACUCCUCAUUAUGCGCAUCAUGAGUAUGUACCACAGCUUGCCAAAACAAGGGCUGGCGAUGCAUUAGUCUUGGUUUCCCAAUUUAUGAUUGAAUUACAGGGUUUAAAGUCAGUUGUUGGUGAGGAUCCACCAAAGAUUUUGCAUCUGAAUCCUAGAAUUAGAGGAGAUUGGAGCCAUAGACCAGNAACCAAUUAGAACAAGAUAUAGCAGUUGUAGGCAAACCAGCCUCAAAACUGCACAUCAAUCAAAUACCAUAAAUUUUUGAAUUUUAUUUUCAUGACAGUUGAUGGAUAUUUGAGAUGUGAGAAGUGGAUGCGGAAUGACAUUGUUGAUACUCGAGAGUCGAAAAUAUUCUCAUGGUUUGAUCGAUUUAUUGGACGUGCAAAGAAACCAGAGGUGACAUGGCCUUUCCCAUUUGUGGAGGGUAGGAUGUUUAUUCUUACUAUUCGUGCUGGUAUUGAUGGCUACCAUAUCAAUGUAGGCGGCCGGCACGUGACGUCAUUUCCGUAUCGAACUGGCUUUACACUGGAAGAUGCUACAGGGUUGGCAAUCAGAGGUGAUGUAGAUAUACAUUCGGUUUAUGCUACAUCUCUACCAACCUCUCAUCCAAGUUUUUCUCCCCAAAGGGUGUUGGACUUCUCAGAGAAGUGGAAAUCUCUUCCUUUACCCCAGAAUCGCAUUCAAAUUUUUAUUGGGGUGCUUUCUGCCACCAAUCACUUUGCUGAGCGUAUGGCAAUCAGGAAAACGUGGAUGCAGGCUUCAGCAAUUAAGUCCUCAGAUAUAGCAGUCCGCUUCUUUGUUGCAUUGAAUCCACGAAAGGAGUUGAAUGCUAUAUUGAAGAAGGAAGCAGAUUACUUUGGGGACAUUGUGAUUGUCCCCUUUAUCGACAGAUAUGAGCUAGUGGUCCUAAAAACUAUUGCUAUCUGCGAGUAUGGGGUUCAGAAUGUGACAGCUGCAUAUAUCAUGAAAUGUGACGACGAUAAUUUCGUGAGGAUAGAUGCAGUCCUUAGAGAAAUUCAGCGUGUUCCUCCUAGACGAUCUCUUUACAUGGGUAAUCUUAAUCUCUUGCAUCGACCACUUCGAACAGGAAAAUGGGCUGUAUCAUUUGAGGAGUGGCCAGAAGAUGUAUAUCCCCCUUAUGCUAAUGGGCCAGGAUAUAUAAUAUCAAGUGAUAUUGCUAAACAUAUCAUUUCUCAAUAUCGGAACCGAAGCUUACGGCUUUUCAAAAUGGAGGAUGUGAGCAUGGGUAUGUGGGUUGAGAAGUACAACAGUUCCGCUCCUGUACAGUACUCUCACAACUGGAAGUUUUGUCAAUAUGGAUGUAUGGAAGAUUAUUUCACGGCUCAUUAUCAGUCUCCACGACAGAUGUUCUGUCUGUGGAACAAUUUGCUCAAGGGUAAGGCUCAUUGCUGCAAUUUUUAGAUUGAUGAGAGCAAUUGAUGGGCGCCCUCCCCCAAUUUGAAUUGAAGCUUCUGACUCCUAACUGGAGAUCUUCCGCCAAGAAGUGAAGUUGUGCAGUUUUAUCUGUUCAGAUUACUGUUUUAGUUCAACAACUGAUUUAACACCAAGCUUUGGUCAUGGCCAUGGAUUUGUACAUCUUUUAUUUACUGUGUACUACUAGUCUUUGUAUAGGAUUCGUGCCUCCUUGUACCAUGAACAAAACAUACAGAGAUCUGAUAUUCCAAAAUUUUCGGUUGGGGCCUUCAAACUAAAUGUUUGCCCCUUAAGCUUGGUAUGAAGCUUUUACUCUGGGAAUUCUAAAAAGUAGUUUUUGCUCCUUGAAAA